GAGCGCGGGGUUUGAUGGGAAGGAGCUGGCCCGGCCCAGCGUUCCGUCGGUGGCGGCUGCUGCCUGCUCUGGAGGCAGGCUGCGCGGUGGCCGCCGAGGCUGGCAGGGGCGGACGCCAGGGCCGGGCUGUGCCCGCUUCUCGCAGGCUCCAGGAACUGGAAAGAUCGGAGGGACUGAAAACUGUCAGUGUCAUGCUGCUCGGCGCUGGCGUGUGGGCGUGGAUUAUGUGCUACUUGGAGAAGCAGCUCUACACCCAUUGUCCUUAUUUGAGGAAUGGUGGGCGGUGUGAAGGGCGAAGAUGCGCAGUGUCGUGGGCGUGGCACAUGGAGAAAAGCAGAGGCCAAAUUGAAAAGAGCAAUCCCUGCUUCAGGGAUCUUAGAGGCUAAGCAGUGGAUUGUUUCAUUUAUACCAAAACAAUUCUCCAAGCAACACUUCCAACACUCCAAUAAUUAGUGUCAAACUGUGAAUUCCUUGGACCAAUUGAUGAUAUUUAUCAUUGCGCCCAGUUUCUACAAAUAAAAGAUGGGUGGAUUAUUUUCUCGAUGGAGGACAAAACCUUCAACUGUAGAAGUUCUAGAAAGUAUAGAUAAGGAAAUUCAAGCUUUGGAAGAAUUUAGGGAAAAAAAUCAGAGAUUACAAAAAUUAUGGGUUGGAAGAUUAAUUCUGUAUUCUUCAGUUCUCUAUCUGUUUACAUGCUUAAUUGUAUACUUGUGGUAUCUUCCUGAUGAAUUUACAGCAAGACUUGCCAUGACACUCCCGUUUUUUGCUUUUCCAUUGAUCAUCUGGAGCAUAAGAACAGUACUUAUUUUCUUCUUUUCCAAGAGAACAGAAAGAAAUAAUGAAGCAUUGGAUGAUUUAAAAUCCCAGAAGAAAAAAAUACUUGAAGAAGUCAUGGAAAAAGAAACUUAUAAGACGGCUAAAUUAAUUCUUGAAAGGUUUGAUCCAGACUCAAAGAAAGCAAAGGAGUUUGAGCCGCCAUCUGCUGGAGCAGCUGUAACUGCAAGACCUGGACAAGAGAUUCGUCAGCGAACUGCAGCUCACAGAAACCUUUCUCCAACAUCAGCAAGCCCUACCCAGGGCCCUCCUCCACAAGUUCCAGUAUCUCCUGGACCACCAAAGGACACUUCAGCCCCUGGUGGACCCCCAGAAAGGACUGUUACUCCAGCUCUACCGUCAAAUCUGUUACCAAGACAUCUUGGAUCCCCUGCUACUUCAGUGCCUGGAAUGGGUCUUCAUCCUCCAGGUCCACCUUUAGCAAGACCCAUUCUCCCUCGAGAACGAGGUGCUCUGGAUAGAAUUGUUGAAUAUUUAGUUGGUGAUGGUCCACAGAACAGAUAUGCACUUAUAUGUCAGCAGUGUUUUUCUCACAAUGGCAUGGCUUUGAAGGAAGAAUUUGAAUAUAUUGCUUUUCGAUGUGCCUACUGUUUUUUCUUGAAUCCUGCAAGAAAAACCAGACCCCAGGCUCCAAGACUUCCAGAGUUCAGUUUUGAGAAGAGGCAGGCAUUGGAAGGCUCAAGUUCAGUUGGUCCCUUGCCAUCAGGAAGUAUGCUUUCAUCAGAGAACCAAUUUAAUGAAGAAUCUGUAGAAGAACAAGAUGUUCUUGAUAAUAGUACAGAGCAGACAGAUGACAAAAUAUCAGCCACAGAGCAGGCAAACCAAGUGAUUGAAAAAGCAUCUGGCUCAGAGGAACCAGAGGAGAAACAAGAAGAGACCAAGAAUGAGGAAACCUCAAUGAAUGAAGCCAAAUCAGUAGUUUCCAGAGAUGACUCUAUUCCUAAUUCUGAACCAAGUGAAGAAUCUUUGAUGGCAAAGUAGUAAAUGCUUCCAUGUGCCUUCAACUGGA